CAAGCCCUCGCCCGCCUGCGCGCAUACAAACCACCACCCACACAAUGGUAUAACUGCCCGCUCUCCCGGCGCGCCGCCGUCCUCAUCCUCCUCUUCCCGGACCGCCACGGCGAACUCAAAGUCGUCCUCACCAUGCGCGCGAGCACGCUCCGAAGCUACGCAGGACAAGCCGCAUUACCAGGAGGCAAAGCCGACUCCCUCACCGAAACCCCCUUCACCAUCGCCCGCCGCGAAGCCUACGAAGAAAUCGGCCUCCCACAGGACGACGACACCCUCCCGCCGGGCUUCCUCAUCGAGCACCUCUGCGAAAUGCCCACCAACAUGGCGAGAACCGAGCUGGGCGUGCGCCCCUGCGUCGCCUUCCUGGGCCCCUCGACUUCCUACUCCAACAGUGAAAAUGGAAAUGGAAACAGUACAGCAGCAGCAGUGGAGGAGAAAAUGAUCCCUAGGCUCGAUCCAAAGGAAGUCGCUGCCGUCUUCACGGCCCCGUUCCACAAUUUCCUUAAGAAGAACUGGGAGUCGCGGGGGCCGGGGCCGUUGACGAAGAGCGGUGCGAGGCACAGCUGGUAUCGCGGGUCGUGGCAGGAUUGGCAUGAGAGUCGGUGGCGGAUGCAUAAUUUCUACAUCCCUCGGCCGGGUGUUCAAGAAGACGCGCGCAAGACGACCCCCAAUUCCUCCACUCCCCAACAAGUGGAUUCCACAACAUCCAGACAUCACAUUCCCGAAGGCGACGACCCUUCCCCAUCCCCACUCCCCUUCGACUCCCUCACCACGUUCCGCGUCUUCGGCAUGACUGCGCGCAUCCUCGUUGACGCGGCGCGGGUCGCCUACGGCGAGGAACCCGAGUUCGAACAUAACAGCCAUUUCGGCGACGAGGAGCUGAUCCGGCGACUCAUUCAGAUGGGGCGGUUUAGUGAGAAGAGGGUUAAAGGGGAGGAGUUGACGGCCGAGGUGCUGAGGCAGGCGGCGAAGAUGUAG